CGUCUCCAACAAGAUGUGGGUUACAAUUCAACAGUUAUGAGAGAUAUAGAGCUUCAUUACGAGAAGCAGAUAAAGAAAAAUAAGUCAAAAUCUAAAUCUGCAAAAAAUUCCGAUUUACCUAUUAUUAAUGGCGGAAUCAACAUGAUUGAAACUGGCACAACUGAUAAUG